CAUCCUCGGGUCCAAACCACACACACACAUCUAGCAAUAGCUAAUCGAGCAUCACCUUCAGUAGCUAGCUAGCUCCUCUCUCCAUCGUGGAAGGAAGCCGCAGUAGGAAAAUACACAUAGACUGAUCUGAUAUCUCUUCUCUAGCAACGCUAGCUAGCUAACUCGAUCUCUCCAGUUCCUGUUCCCCGGCCGGCCGUCGUCAGCAAUGGCAGGAGGCCUCUUCUCCAUGGCUCACCCGGCCAUCACCCUCUCUGGCAUCGCAGGAAACAUCAUCUCCUUCCUGGUGUUCCUCGCACCAGUGGCGACGUUCCUGCAGGUGUACCGCAAGAAGUCGACGGGCGGGUUCAGCUCGGUGCCCUACGUGGUGGCGCUCUUCAGCUCGGUGCUGUGGAUCUUCUACGCGCUGGUGAAGACCAACUCGAGGCCGCUGCUGACCAUCAACGCCUUCGGCUGCGGCGUGGAGGCGGCCUACAUCGUCUUCUACCUGGCGUACGCGCCCCGGAAGGCGAGGCUCAGGACGCUGGCCUACUUCUUCCUGCUCGACGUGGCGGCGUUCGCGCUCGUCGUCGUCGUCACCCUCUUCGUCGUCCGCGAGCCCCACCGCGUCAAGUUCCUCGGCAGCGUCUGCCUCGCCUUCUCCAUGGCCGUCUUCGUCGCGCCGCUCAGCAUCAUCGUCAAGGUGGUCAAGACCAAGAGCGUCGAGUUCCUGCCCAUCAGCCUCUCCUUCUGCCUCACCCUCAGCGCCGUCGCUUGGUUCUGCUAUGGCCUCUUCACCAAGGACCCCUUCGUCAUGUACCCCAACGUGGGCGGCUUCUUCUUCAGCUGCGUCCAGAUGGGCCUCUACUUCUGGUACCGCAAGCCCCGGCCGGCCAAGAACAACGCCGUGCUGCCGACGACCACCGACGGCGCGAGCGCGGUGCAGAUGCAGGGGCAGGUGAUCGAGCUGGCACCCAACACGGUGGCCAUCCUGUCGGUGAGCCCCAUCCCCAUCGUGGGCGUGCACAAGAUCGAGGUGGUGGAGCAGCAGCACAAGGAGGCCGCCGUGGCCGCCGAGACCCGCAGGAUGGCCGCCGCCAACCCGGACGGCGCCAUGCCGGAGGUCAUCGAGAUCGUCCCCGCCGUCGCCACGGUGUGACCCGACGCCAAUCGCCAGCCACCACCAUGCACCGUACCCUGCUAGCUAGCUCGGAUGACGGCCGGCGACGUACGACUGUGGUGGUAGGUGGCUGGCAGCGGCGAGCUGCAUAUAUAGCAGACUACUGUUGCAUGCAGGCAUCAUCGUCGUCGCCACCGAUCGUAUCUCCACGAUAAUCAGUCAGUUAAUCUUUAGUUGGUCGUUUAGUUGGUUAAUUGUUGGAUUAUUAAUUGCGUGUCUCGUGUGUGUGAUUAAUUAUUAGUUACUACCCUUGGCUCAGUUCAGUUCAGUGUGAGUGAGUGAGUGAAUCAAGUAGUAGUAGUUGUUUGCAUUGGAUCUGACAAUGCAAUGCAUUCCAAUAAUUAUGGUGGUGAGCUCUAGUGCGUUGCAGUCUUCACAUACAUCUGUCUUGGUCGAUCUGGUGUACGUACGUACGCGGUACGUAGUCGUCUACGUACGCCGUGUCAACGUCGUACAUAUAUAUGGAAAAGAUGAUAAGACUGUAACAUUCAGGGCAUCUAUUUAUACUUAACAUAUUCUUUGUGUGGUUAA